AGAAAAAUCUGGUCACUUUUAGACUCUAGACAAUAAGCGAAGGUUUUAGAAAAAGUGUGCACUUUCUAAUUCAAGAAACUCAAAGAACGUUCUCUCUUCAUCCUCCGCUACCUUAUAUAUACUGACCUUUCAUCUGAUCUAAGACAUCAGAUCAAAGAACAAAAAGAAACAAGAAAACAAGCAAAGUUAACUCGCUCAAGAAACAACAACAAUGUCUCUAGUUCCAAGCCUUUUCGGAGGACGCAGGUCAAACGUUUUCGAUCCGUUCUCACUAGACGCAUGGGAUCCAUUCGAGGGCUUCUUCACUCCUUCCGCGUUAGCAAACGCUUCCGGCUCAACCGCUCGUGACAUUGCAGCGUUUACGAACGCGAGGGUGGACUGGAAGGAGACGCCCGAGGCACACGUGUUCAAAGCUGAUUUGCCAGGGCUGAAGAAAGAAGAGGUGAAGGUUGAGGUUGAAGACAAGAACAUACUUCAGAUAAGCGGAGAGAGGAGCAAGGAGAACGAAGAGAAGAACGACAAGUGGCACCGCGUGGAGAGGGCAAGCGGGAAGUUCAUGAGGAGGUUUAAGUUGCCGGAGAAUGCGAAGAUGGAGGAGGUGAAGGCGACAAUGGAGAACGGUGUGCUAACGGUUAUGGUGCCGAAAGCGCCUGAGAAGAAGCCUGAAGUUAAGUCUAUUGAUAUCUCUGGCUAAGCCACUGGGGAGGAAGAUGAAUGAUUGAAGAUUUGGUGUGUGGAAUAAAAAGCGUGUUUGAUUUAAAAGUUUGUGUUAUCUUUUAGUUUGUUGUGUUGUGAAAUUGUGGCUUUUCUUAAACCGUGAAUGUAAGAUGUUAUUACAGUGAAUAAACGAAUGUUUCUAUAGUCUCCAUGAAUGUAAGAUAUUAUAAGUUAAGAUAGGCUCAUGAUGUUAGUAGUUGUUCAAGCUGAUAGACAGAAAACUUAGAAAACUGAUGGACUCAUUAUCA